AAUCAGAGGCCAGUAUCGCGCUGAGACUUCACGUAAGCGCGCGCGUUCUUUUUUCAAGUUUAGUGAUCAGUUAAUGUGAAAACGACUAUAUUACUUGUUUUUAAGUUUUAAAAGGGAUAUUUAAGUUUAAUCUUUGUUUUAAGAUGUGUUUUGUGUCUUAGUGUAUCGAUAUCUUGUUUCGUACGGAUGGUCUGUGUUUCUUUGUGAGGAUGACGAAGAAUCGUACGUGGAAAACGACAUCAGAAACUGCCUUUUCGAUGAUGAUUGAAUAGAUGUCAGUUUCAAAUACGCGGGAGUCCAUCUUUAUUUACCUGUAAAGAUUAUCUCAAAAAUUAUUGCUGCAGAAGCGUCAAUCAAAUUUCGAAAAAGCCAAUGACACCAACAAAAAGUCAUACUAGUCCAAACAUUUUGAACAUAUCACGAAGAAAAAAGAUCGUGCAAUUUGUUUUUAAAGAAUAAUGCAUCAACAUUUUGAAUAGUAAUUGGCGUCGCCGUUCAAGUUCAAUCGAUUUCAUUUGUUAGUAUAUUUGUCAUAUAUGAAGGUGGAUAAUAUAAACACAAUGUCAGUCAGCAAUGACCUGAGCGACACAGACUCCUCUCCGAAAUUACGGAUGAAGCCAGCUAUCAGCAGGAUAUUCUGCUGCAGCGUGACAGCAGCCUCAGGUUUUGUUGCCGCUUAUGCUCUGGUUGCAUACGCGAUAGCUUUAAUCUACGAGAUAGUUUGGGUGGUGGAGUCGCAGAGCGGAUUGCCGAUACCAUCUGUUUUAUUGAUGAUCUGCUAUUGCAUCAUUAUCGCGGCCACAGUCACCUUGGUCCAUGGCCUUAUAUCGAAAAAUAACACAUACCUCCUGGCGUGGCUGAUCGCAGUCAUACUGGUGUUGAUACCAGAAUGUGCUCUAGUCUUCUAUAUGUCCAUCAGCCAUUGGGGGCUGCAGGGCGUGUACGGCGGCGCGGAGCUGGCGUGCUACGUGGCGCGCCUGCCCGCCGUGGUGUGCGGCGUCGUGCUCGUGCAGUCCGCCUACGCGCUGCGGGAGGCCAGAAAAGGUGAAUAUGGCAACACAGUACCGGUGAGCGGCAGUGAGUUCGAUGCCAGCCACUUCGUGCCAGACACGCCCAGUGCUUUUACCAAUGAUGGUUUCUUGGCUGAUAACGGUAAAUCAGGUUCGAUGCCAGAUCUCCGUCGUCACUUGGCGUCCCGGCAAUCGAUGAACAUGGGCUACCCGAUGAUGUUACCGCAGCCCCCGCCAGCCUACUGGCAACACCUCGCCGACCGGCAGUACGCAGCCAGUCUCCGAGGAUACCCUAAAUCCUUCCCCCAACCGCAAACCUACGGCACCUGGGUUGGCCCAAGAACCGGACCCCUCGAUAACCCCUACAAGAGGAGACAUUCCGUCGUGGGUGCGUUUAAUAGCGAUGAAUACCCCGCCAAGGGCUACGAGUUCGAAGACAGGAUGGAUUGCAAGAGUGAAAUGGCGUAUCCCUACCGACAAUAUAUGUACGAUCCCCGAAUGUUCCCUCCAGAUUAUGACCCCAGGUUCUUCCAAGACUUCAAAAGAGAGGAUCCGUAUGGAAUGAAUCUGAGACACGAUCCUUACCAUUUCAGUGGAUCGAGGGAGAGGGUGUACUACGGCAUGAGGAAUAGUCACAAUUCCGUUGGUAACGAAUCCGAUGACUUGACGAAAUAUAAAGAUGUCGCCCUGUAGAAAAGACCAUAGACUGAUUUCUUGUUAAUCCACACUCACGGAAAUAAUUUGUAAAUUAGGAUUUUUACGAAUUUUCGCAUUCGCACCAUUUUAAAUAAGGCCGUGUAACCACAGGAAGAGUAAAAUAUAUAAACGACUCAGACAUCGAAUCGACGCGAUAUAAAUGGCGAUAAGUAGUUGAAUAGUGCUGUGUUAUACGAAGAGAUAUUAUUAAUCAAGAACUGUUUAUCUCUACUCCUUCUAUAAUAUAAUUUAAGAUUUGUUUACUCCAAUCGGUCUAUUUCAUUAAUCAAUGUUUCGCAAAUGCAACGUUUGUAAAACUCCUGAUUUAUAUUUUAUUCGUUAUAUUAGAGCGUAACGACGCGCUCGCUCUGCGGCGACCGUGGCGCCAUCUAUAGUAGACAAUAUUUAAACUUAUUUGACAUCGAACUUGCUAGAACAUUCCAUCGUUUUAAUAUUAGUUUAUUUGGUGCUUAUUACAUACGAUAAUUUUGUAAUUAAGAUAUUCAUAUCGUGCUAUAUUUCAAUAGUUAAUUUUGAUGUAAAAUUAACUUUUAUAUUGUGUAUUAGAUUUCCUACCUAUUUAGGAUAUAAGUUCUCACUACGAAUAAGUAUUAAUAGUGUUUAGUUUGUUACCCAAUAACCAAAGGUUUAUAAUUGCUGUAAUAAAAUAUAAAGGAAAAUUUCAGUCACUAUUUUGUAUAAGAAAUAACGAAUAAAAAAAUUUCAACGGG